AUGACCUGUUGGCUAAUCGUGUACACUUGUCACUUAUUGCUGGGGCUGCUAGUUCAAGGUCUAGAUGUCCAGGGCCAGCCGCAGAGGGGCCACAAGAUCUGCAGCUCUUACGGCUACCAGCUCGUCGAGGGGAUUUUCGGCAAGGAGAACUACUGGCUCUGCUUAAAGCUUAAGUCUAUAGGUUCCUCGCCUCUAACGACUCAGCAGACCGCUCUACUCGUUGACCCCGAGCCUGAAGAUACAAGUCAAGGGGUUUACACGACAAUUGCGGAUAUUACAAUGGCCUACGGUUUCCCACUAGAAGACCCCGGAGCGGGAUCAGCUGAGGGAUACAUUGGAGACGAUCAUCAGUUUUACGGAGUAUUACAUUUAGGCAACCGCACGCUUCACGCCGACCCUUACGGCAGAGAUGACCCACAAAAGUCCUUCGGAGCCUUUGAGAACGACAACAUGGUAGCCCCGCUGCGCCCUCGCCGCGAUCAUACCCAGGAAGAGGAGACCAAGCCACCUUUCCCGUACCAUAUUGAAGAACAUAGCCGAAUCGUCGGCAUUGCAACGGCCAGGAUCUGCGAUCUCCUACUCCUGGCCGACAGGGAGUUCUUCGAGAAGGACGCGAACUCCAGCCUUAAGCACGUGGUGCGAAGGAUGAUGCACGCCGUUGCCCAAGCCGACAUAAUAUUCAGGAACGCAGAUUUCGACGAGGAUGGCACGCCGGAUAAUAUCGGUUUCUCCGUGAAAUACAUUCUUGUGCUGACAUCGAACGAAACCAACGCUCGUGUGUUUGGCGACCUGCUGAAAGAGCGCGCCAUAGACGGAAGGAACUAUUUGAUGCGAUUCGCGAGGCUUCGUAGGCUUUCCGAAGUUUGUCUUGGCGUGGCCUUCUCAGGGCAUGUGUUCCACAACAGAACUCUGGGCUUGAGCUUCACGUCGCUUGGCGGCGGGAUGGGGGGCGCCGCGGGGGGCCUUUGCGACCGUCGGGCUUACGGGCGCUCCUUCAACACGCUGGCUUUGGCCCACGCCACCGCCGACGACAAGGAUCGGGUGCCCGAGCGCAUAGCCGCCCUCACGCUCGCACAUGAAAUGGGUCACAGUUUUGGCGCGCACCACGACGACAACUUCCCCAACCCCGAGUGCCGCGGCUACCUGAUGGGCUCGCAGUCCUCCACCACGGAGAGCGGCCAUCACUUCGAGUUUUCGCUGUGCAGCAAACGCCUAAUUGCCGCGACGCUAAGCAGCAUGAGCUACUGCCUCGUCGAGCAGGACAGACCUUACUGCGGUAACGGCAUAGUGGAGGAGGGUGAGGCAUGCGACUGUGGUCUACCCUCUCAGUGCAACCGCAGGGACCCUUGCUGCACGCCGCGGGCUGGAGGUGCCCUGGUCUACGAAGAAGGAAUGUCUGCUUCACAAUCAACCAAGAAACGAAAAACCUGGGAUGAAGAAAAAAUGGCAGAAGCUAUAAAAUUCGUCCGGGGAAAUAUAAGGGGAUAUUUGAAAGCAGCACUGCAUUUUGAAAGAAAAGCUGCUAUAGCAACAGUCAUAACAUCUUCACCCUACAAAAAUUAUUUAGUAAAUAAAAAUAUGAAGAGACAAGAAAAAGAAAGUAAGACAAAGAAUAAGAAGAAAACUGCGAAGAGAAACAAACAAACGAAGAAAAAUAGAAAUGAUCGUGAAGAAGAAGACUCUGAGGAACGGGACGUCAUCCAGUUUGAUGAAGACAGUGAACAUGAUGAGUUGAUGGACCAAGUAUCUCCUGACUCUGCUGAUGCAGAAUGUAUGUUCUGUUCAAACCUUUUCUCCAUGGAUAAAAGUGGAGAAAGCUGGAUUAAAUGCUUGAUGUGUGGACUCUGGGCACAUUAUGAUUGUGCUGGUCCAGAGUUUGAUACUUGGAUCUGUGACUUUUGCAAGGCGCUGCAUAAGGAAGGCUGCUCCGUGGCCCCGUCGGCAACUUGCCAUCCGUCGCAGGGGCUCUGUUGCAACGCGGACUGCCAGUUUGCGGACCUGAAGCAGAGCGGCAUUGUACGCAGUGACAUACCG